AAAAAAAAAAAAUUAAAAAAGUAGUACAUUCUAGGAAGCCAUGGAGGAGGACAUUGUCUUCUCCAGCCAGCUUGUGAUCUUGUAGUGCCACUAUAUUUAAAUUGGAGUACACCAAGGUAGCCAUAACUGCGGAAGCGAGCACAUUUACGGCCGACUUUAGUUCUGAAGACAAUAGAUACGUGCGUUGUCGUCGCAAUUUACGGCAUGUAUUGACCCCUUAUAUGAGAUAUUCGGAUUAAUGGAUCGUGUAAUUUUUUGUCUUACCAUACAUAAAUUAAUUAUGUGCUAGUAUUUCACAACAAAAGAUCUGCGAACAGCGUUUACAUGAUUACUUUUACGUACGUCCUACAGGGGCGCUACAAUCGCAGGGGAUGGGAUUCGUUGCAACUUGCUGGCAUAUCACCAAGUAUUACUGAACAAUGCAUACAGCUGUUUGUCGUGACAGUAGGCGUACUGUAAUGGUUAGAGUGUGUUAUUAAAGUAGUCUGUCUGGACUCGCACGUUGGAAAUUAUGUCGCCAAUUGUGAUAAAAGAGAAUAUUCGCUGCAUAGAAUGUUCUAAAAUAAAUUCAGAUGGUCGCCAAGAGAGCGACAAUCGCGGGCUGAAGCAGCCUGUGCCCCUGUUUACUACCGGGGAAGAAUCUUUUAUGAAUAAUUGCAUUCUCGGUGAAGUUCUUGGCGAAAAGAAACGGGCUCUUCUAGAAUCUGCAAGUAUGCUGGAAUUUCUGAAAAAUCACAUUCAAUCUUCUUGAACAUUGAGAUUAGUCUCUUGAGGAAGAUGGUAAUUCAAUGUAUAAAUGUUAUUAAGUGAUAUUAAAUUUCAUUGUUGUGUUUAUUUGUUUUAUUUACCAAAUUCCAAUUGUCAUUUGCUAAUAGGUGAUGAUGGAGAAAAAUAUUUUGUAAUGCAAUCUGACUUCUUUCUAAGCAAGAAUGGUUUUACUGUACAAUUUGUUUUAUUAUUUGGAAGCUCAGAUAAUGAAACCAUUGUGAAUUAGCUGUGAAUGUCUUUUGAAUUCAACAAUAUAAGUACUCUAAAAUUUAAAAAGGAACUAAAUGUGAAAAUGGUAAAUAGUAAGCUUACAUAGCGUAAGUUAUUUGCCAAUUUCCCCUGGAGCAUAACAUAUCUUUUCUCUCUACUGCGUAAGCAAUAGUGAGAAAAUAAUAGAAAGCAAUGUAGUUUUUUCUUUUCAACGUUUAAUCUGAAUUAAUUUGUCAAGGCCCAAGGUAAAUGCAAAUGAAAUCCUGUUAGUAUAUAAUGUAUAGUAAUAUUUAUGAAUUUUAUUCACUUUCUUGUUAAUUAAAACAUGCUUUGAACUUAAUACAAAGCAAUUAACAUGUCUAUGUAUUUAACAGUUUAGUUACAAUAUAGAUCUUCAGUUCAUACAAUACCAAUACAAGCACAAAUUGAAUUUAAUAAUACAAAAUAAUUACUGCAACGGCUUGCUCUGCUUCCAAGCAAUAAAUGAAGAUAUUCUCUCCAAUCGGCAUAUCUCCUUUUUUAGUCCUGUGAUAUUAAAUGAAGAAUAAAAAAAAAUAUAUGAAAAAAAGUUGGGUAGGGUAUUUAUUUUUCCUUUUUAAACCAAGGGACAAUGUGGAAAUCUAAUGAACACCCAGGAAGGACCACUCCUGAUUAAUGUGAGACUUUCACUCGCUAACCCUGAAUCCACUUCAUGAAACACAAAUGAAUCAGAAAACAACAUAAUACAGGGCAUUAAGUACUGACUACAUUGCACAAGGCUGCUCAUCAAGAAUUGUUUCUAUAUAGCAUAUGAGUAAAAUAUCAUUAAACAACCUGUUUUAACAUCACAUCAGGUAACACAUUAACUCAUCAUUAAUCCAUCUCUUUUGACCAUAAAGUGAAAAACAUCACCAACUUAACACAAGGCUUUGAGAUUUAAAGAAAUUUGUGUCCCCCUCCACUGAAGGUACUAACUUACUUCAGGAGUAGGAAAAAAAUAAAAAUUUACCGAACUAUUUACAAACUCUGAACACAAUGAUAGUAAUAGAAAGUAACAUUAGGAAGUUUUGUAUGUCAUCAGUAAAAUAAUUGGAAACAAUAAGGGUUAUAGAGCUAGCAUAAAGGUAGAAUGUAUCUUGGCAUUUGGCAUAUCAAAAAAAGACUAUUUGAAGAAAAGAUAUUUUCAGUUGCUUUAAAAACAUGAAUUCCUGUCAUGAAAAAUCUUUGUGGAUCAUGUAAGAAGUUUUUUCCAUUGCUAAACAACACAAAUUAUUGUAUGGAUGAUAAGCUAAUUAUACCCACCGAAAUCCUCCAAAGAAAUGCGUUAUUAAGAAACCUAUCUUCACAUUUGUUUUCCUGACAAAAAAAAGUUAUUAAGAAAAACAUACUUCCUGGUCUUUAUUUGCCCUUUUCUGCUCACAUAUCAGAAGGUUAUGUGCUAUAUGGUAAGGAGAAAAAAACAACCAACAAAACAACUUAAA